AAACUCGCGAGACGAUUUUACACUUUGUAGUAUAAAAAAUAAUAUACGUUGUCCAAGAAAAUUUUAAGGAAAAAGCAAAAACUUUUCACUAGCUAAAAAGUGGUUCGAAUUAGGAACAAUCGCUCUACAUAUCAAAGAUUCUAUUACAAGACAAAUACUUUGUUGUUAGAGAUACCUAUGGUCAUAUAUAAAUAUAUAUCCAAAUGCUAUUGAAAAAAUAAGUUAAAGAAGAAGAAAAAAAAGAAAUGUAUAUAUACACAAAUAUAUAUAUAUAUAUAUAUAUAUGUAUUAAACAUUCUAUGGUCCAUUUUCUUGUUGUUCUUUGUAGUCUUAUUUUUUUUUUUUUAUCCACAUCUUGUUGUAUUUUGUUCAUCAUAACGGGUAUGCGAUUAUAUAUAUAUUAAAAUGCCAGUAGAUAUAGAGUAUAUAUACGCGUUAGCAACACUUAACUUGAUUGACUCAUGAAUAAGAAAAAGAGAAUAAAGUAGAAGCAAGGUGAGAUCGAUAAGCGAAAGUACACAUAUACAUCAAAAGAGUAACAUAAACAUCUAGCAUCAAGUGUAAAAUGAAUAUUUAUAUAUUGACAUAAAACACACAUUGUUGUUUGUAGAUGUGAUUUAUUAUUAUUAUUAUUUUUUUCAAAAUAGUCAUUAUUACUAAGAGAGGAGAGAAAUAGUACAAGAUAUAUGUAGUUUCGUUGGUUCUUCAUGAAUAACUCACACUUAUUCUCUAACGUGAAAAAUGUGACUUAUCGUAUUUUAAAAAUUCUUUUCUAUUCUAUUUUUUUUAUUUUAAAAUGUUACCCCAUGCCGACUCUAAAAGAUCGCCACAUAAUCUACACACUGUUUCUCAAAAAUGAUAGUUAUACAUUUCUAUUGUUAUGGGAACUUGGUGAUUUAAUUCCUACAUCUUUUAUUUGUUUGUUUAUUUAGGACAGUAUGAAAUAUUAACAUUAAAGAAUAAUCAUUUUUCUGAUACAUUGGAUUCUAUUCAUCCACAUAAUUAUGGGAAUGGUACAUUUUCUAAAUUAAGACGACUAGAUCGAACAAAUACAUAUUUUAAUGAACUAAAAAUGAAACAAUCAUCGUCAUCAGCAGCCACUGUUCAUAUCGAUAAACCAAAACGGAGUAGUUCAAUGAUCACCACCUCGAAUCUUCACAAACCAAGACAAACUACAUCAACAACCGUUGCUCAGUCACUAACCCCAACAAGUUCAUUUUCAUCAAUUAUUUUAACAGAUGGGAUGAAUGAGUAUGAACUAACGACGACACCGGUUAAAAAAUCAUCCGUUGAAAUAAAUCGACGAAAAACAAUUGCAACAUGUCAAGAUUUUUCUCAAAAGCAAAAGACUCAUCAUCACUCAAGAAUCGAUGAUAAUAAUAAACCAAUAAAACCACCACAACAACGGGAUUUAGCGAUAAACAAUGACGAAAAUUCUACGGCUGCAACAAUUUUAAGACGUCGACGGAUUAUCGAUUUCUCAAGACGUCGUACAGUUGCAGCCACUCCUUCUUCCAAAGUAGAUAAUAAUAAUAAUAAAGAAAAUUAUAAUGAGAAUAAAAAACCGUUAUCUCUGUCUCGAAAAGAAUCGUUAACAAAACCAAUCGUUGUUACACAAAAAAUUUCUACCAACAAUGUUUCAUCCUCAACAUCUUCAUCUACUUCUUCAUCAUUUGCUAAAGCAGAUAAUAAAAAAGAACCGGUGAUCGAACUCAUUCAACCACCACCUAUUUAUCAAUUCACAUCAUCUCCACUAACUCAAUUACCUAAAAAAUAUUAUUUUUAUAACAAUAAUCCGACAAGUUCUGAUAAUGAGUCUGUGUUAGAUGAUGCGCUGAUGAGUUCCUAUGGAUUAUUACAAAACUCUGACUAUAUUAAACAACGAUCGAAAAAUCGCAAUUCGAUCGCCAUGGUAUCAUGGCAAGCGCCUCAACAGCAGCAGCAAAAGCAACACAGUUUACCCAUGCCAAUGUAUAAGAGUAACAACGAUAGUUUGUCAUCUAAAAAAUUGACUAAUUUUCACAUGAUAAGUCAAUAUAGUAAUCGUUCUAAUAAACGUAAUUCACGUUCAUCAUCUCCUUCACAAUAUCAACCUCGUCAAUUAAUAAAUACAGAUCCGGUUGAUGAUCUACUGUGUGAUCGUGAAGUGGAAAGUUAUUUUUAUCCGAAUUCGUCAUAUUCCCUUUAUGAUGAUUCUCCUUAUGAAUUUCAAAACGAACAUUCACAUCUCAAUGUUAACAUACCAUCAACACAUCAACAAACGGAUCGCUAUUCAUUUCAGAUAACAAAACCCACAUUACAAAACAUGACAAGUGCAAUAAUAAAUUCAUCAGAUUAUUAUGGAACACUGUGUUAA